AUGGGACAGCAUCUUCGAUCCAGGCAUGUUUUCAGCUGCGAGAGCAACAAGGAGAAGAUGCAGUGGAUUUCUAUGGUCAAUUCCUGCACGAAAGAAUGUAUGCACAAGAUCAAGAAGAAGUGGCAAGGCGGUGAUUCGCCUCGGCACGAAGGUCCGCAAGAUGAAGAUGAAAAGGCUGAAGAGUCUGAAGAUGACCCAUGCAUAUUUAUGGAUAUAUGCCAGCUGGGCGGAGAUCAUGCUUCUUGUGCCGUUCAUGGAAAGCAGCGAGCCACCACCAAGGCAUCAGGAAGAGAUUCGACUAAGGUCUCCGACCGUGCCCGCGGAGAUCAGUAUCAGUUGGCGUUGGGCAACUGCCCCAUCCCUCAGGUGGAUAUCUUGAUUCUGGGGACCAGUUGCAAAGAUAUGUCACGGGCAAACCCGAACAAGCACAAGCAAAAGGAAGCGGUGCUCGGGAAGGGAGGAUCGGCCCAGACCUUCCGCGGCAUGCUGGAGUAUGUGCAGCAUCACUCUCCUGCCAUCGUCGUCUUCGAGAACGUCGAUACCAUAGACGAUCGGGGGGCCACCAGCAAUCUCGAUAUUCUGCUCGCAGAAAUGGGGAACCGCGGAUACGAGCACCAAGUCAUCAUGAGCGAUGCUGCGUUGUUCGGGCUGCCGGCUAGGAGGCGCCGUGUGUACGUGCUCUUCCUGAUGCUUGGUCUCGCCUGUAG